CUAUAUACACUGCGCUCUCUAUAUCUGUAUACUAUGCUCUCUAUACACUGGGCUCUCUAUAUCUACACUGCGCUCUCUAUAUCUGUAUACUGUGCUCUCUAUAUACACUGCGCUCUCUAUAUCUGUAUACUAUGCUCUCUAUACACUGGGCUCUCUAUAUCUACACUGCGCUCUCUAUAUCUGUAUACUGUGCUCUCUAUAUACACUGUUCUCUCUAUAUCUGUAUACUAUGCUCUCUAUACACUGGGCUCUCUAUAUCUACACUGCGCUCUCUAUAUCUGUAUACUGUGCUCUCUAUAUACACUGUUCUCUCUAUAUCUGUAUACUAUGCUCUCUAUACACUGGGCUCUCUAUAUCUGUAUACUGUGCUCUCUAUAUACACUGCGCUCUCUAUAUAUUCGACGAUAUAUAAAUGGAGGACACGGGAUGGAAUAUAGAUGGAGGACACGGGACGGUAUAUAGAUGGAGGACACGGGACGGUAUAUAAAUGGAGGACACAGGAUGGAAUAUAGAUGGAGGACACGGGACGGUAUAUAGAUGGAGGACACGGGACGGUAUAUAGAUGGAGGACACGGGACGGUAUAUAGAUGGAGGACAUGGGACGGUAUAUAGAUGGAGGACACGGGACGGUAUAUAGAUGGAGGACACGGGACGGUAUAUAGAUGGAGGACACGGGACGGUAUAUAGAUGGAGGACAUGGGACGGUAUAUAGAUGGAGGACACGGGACGGUAUAUAGAUGGAGGACACGGGACGGUAUAUAGAUGGAGGACACGGGACGGUAUAUAGAUGGAGGACACUGGACGGUAUAUAGAUGGAGGACACGGGACGGUAUAUAGAUGGAGGACACGGGACGGUAUAUAGAUGGAGGACACUGGACGGAAUAUAGAUGGAGGACACGGGACGGUAUAUAGAUGGAGGACACGGGACGGUAUAUAGAUGGAGGACACGGGACGGUAUAUAGAUGGAGGACACGGGACGGUAUAUAGAUGGAGGACACGGGACGGUAUAUAGAUGGAGGACACGGGACGGUAUAUAGAUGGAGGACACGGGACGGUAUAUAGAUGGAGGACAUGGGACGGUAUAUAGAUGGAGGACACGGGACGGUAUAUAGAUGGAGGACACAGGAUGGUAUAUAGAUGGAGGACACGGGACGGUAUAUAGAUGGAGGACACGGGACGGUAUAUAGAUGGAGGACACGGGACGGUAUAUAGAUGGAGGACAUGGGACGGUAUAUAGAUGGAGGACACGGGACGGUAUAUAGAUGAAGGACACGGGACGGUAUAUAGAUGGAGGAAACGGGACGGUAUAUAGAUGGAGGACACGGGACGGUAUAUAGAUGGAGGAGACGGACGGAAUAUAGAUGGAGGACACGGGACGGUAUAUAGAUGGAGGACACGGGACGGUAUAUAGAUGGAGGACACGGGACGGUAUAUAGAUGGAGGACACGGGACGGUAUAUAGAUGAAGGACACGGGACGGUAUAUAGAUGGAGGAGACGGGACGGAAUAUAGAUGGAGGACACGGGACGGUAUAUAGAUGGAGGACACGGGACGGUAUAUAGAUGGAGGACACGGGACGGUAUAUAGAUGGAGGACACGGGACGGUAUAUAGAUGAAGGACACGGGACGGUAUAUAGAUGGAGGACACGGGACGGUAUAUAGAUGGAGAACACGGGACGGUAUAUAGAUGGAGGACACGGGACGGUAUAUAGAUGGAGGACACGGGACGGUAUAUAGAUGGAGGACACAGGACGGUAUAUAGAUGGAGGACACGGGACGGUAUAUAAAUGGAGGUCUCAUUAUUCUAUAUUUUUGCUCUGAUUCAGGACAGAGGGGUCGGGAUGUUGGCUCAGAUGGUCGUAUUUUUUCUGUUCCUCCUGGAGGGCGUUCACCCGGACACGGUACAUGAGAUGGUCCAGGCCUGGAAGGGAUAUCAGGAGGAGUGUGAGCUCCGGAUACAGUCCGAUCCUCCAAUGAGUGGAGUGUACUGCAACCGCACCUUCGACAUGUACGUGUGCUGGGGGGAUGCUGCGGCCAACACCACCCACUCGGAGCCCUGCCCAUCCUACCUGCCCUGGUAUGCCCAAGUAAAGGAUGGUUUUGUGUUCCGGCGGUGCGAUUCCGAGGGUCAGUGGGUCAGAGAUGAGACCGACAUGCCCUGGAGAGACCACUCACAGUGCGAGAAUGUCAACCCAGAGGAGGAACAAUCCCAAUGGGAAGCGUGGAUCCUGUCUCAGUUGCGGGUGAUGUACAGUGUGGGAUACGGGGUCUCGCUGGCUGCGCUGACUGUGGCCCUCUGUAUACUGACACAGCUCAGGCGCCUGCGCUGUACGCGGAACCUCAUCCACUGUAACCUGUUUGUGUCUUUCAUCCUGCGUGCCGUGUCUCUGCUGUCCCGGGACGCUCUGCUCAUACACCAACACAGCAUGAUCCAGGGCCAGGAGGACAUGACUGCCCUGCUGAGGGAGAGGACUCUGGUUGGCUGUCGUGUUGCUCAGACCAUCACCCAGUAUUGUGUGGCCGCCAAUUACUACUGGCUGCUGGUGGAGGGCGUGUACCUGCACAACCUGCUGGUUGUCUUGUCUUUCUCUGAAGAGGCGGUGCUGCUGCGGUACAUGGCACUGGGCUGGGGGGCCCCGGUGCUGUUUGUGGUCCCCUGGGUGGUGGUUCGGCAGCUCUAUGAGAACACACAGUGCUGGGAGAGGAACGACAACCGAUCCUAUUGGUGGAUCAUCCGAUCUCCAAUCCUAUUUGCUGUGCUGGUGAACUUCAUCAUCUUCCUGCGGAUUCUUCACAUUCUGGUGCUGAAACUACGAGCCAAUCAGAUGAGGAGGAGUGACCGCAAAUACAGGUUGGCCAAAUCGACUCUGACUUUGAUCCCUCUUCUGGGGAUUCACGAGGCCGUCUUCAACCUGAUCCCGGAGGAGAGUGCUCGGGGGCGUGUCCGCUACAGCAAGCUGGGGCUGGAGUUACUCCUCAGCUCCAUUCAUGGGUUGCUGGUCGCUCUGCUGUACUGUAUAUGCAACAAAGAGGUUCAGGCAGAAUUGCGCAGGAAGUUGAAGGACACAUUUUCUCAGGAACGUUCGUCCUCUACAUCCAGAUCUCUGCCGCCCCCUCCUGGAAGACCACGCGUUGGGGAGGACCUGAUGUCGGAUAGUUCGGAGGCCGCCCAGCCCAUCGCCCGCAGCCGGCAGUGUUAGGUUAACUCCUCUUCACUUAUUUAUUUAUUUAUUGUUUGUCAAAUUCCCUCUUCUGCUCAUUAAAAUCUUGUGAAAAGCAAA